GUCCAUAUAAAUUUUGUGUAAACGAAAAGAAUGCGUAACUAUAUAAUACGCUUUGAUUUUAAACUAAUUUCAAGUUCCGUUUAGCUGACUUAAACUUUACGGAGCAGAAAAUACACAACUGGGCAGAUACUGGGUGUGCUAGAAUUGGUCGUCGUUUACAUCAUCACGGAUAUAUAGAUCCGCUGAUAUCAGAACUUUUAUGCUGGUCUUCAAAAGCUGUGAUUGUUCAUCCAUUUCCAGAGAUUCGGCCUACUAAUGCUGUCAGACUGAACGAAAAUUUUGGCUGAAUGGUCAAUUAUAAAUCGAGAGAGGCAGAGAGAUCGAGGCGAAGAAGUUUCUAUGGCGUUUCAGAAUCAAUUUUCACCAGAAAUGGAGAGUUCGCAACAUUUCUCAGAGCAGCACCUGUACGAGAGUUCGUCUGUCUUACGGAGUAUACUUCCUGAACAGUUAUCAACGCAGUCGACGCGGAACGGAAUUCAGCCGGUAAACCACCAUCACCAGCUACCGACGUGGCUCGACAGCGGAGUUAAUCGGCAACAGGGCCAGUUCACCGGCAUCGGCGAUGGAUCGGGAGCCAUAGCAGAGGCGAAUUUCCUCAAUAUACAAAGCAACUCGGAUUCAUCUUCCGCGGCGGCGGAGCACGCUUCGAGCCAGUGGCUUUCGAGAGCAAUUGCACAUAGAAACGUUAGGGACGACGAAGUGUCGGUGUCCAGAAAUUCAAUAAUAGCCGCCGGGAUUAUGCACGGGCCGGCGAGUAAUUUCAACGCAGUCGGCGACAGCGAAGACUACAAAAGCACAGGUUGCCACCGCGGAGGAGGAAGCGGUGAGGUGGCCGAGGGCGGAGUCGGUGGCGGUGGCUCAGGAAAGGAGAAAUCGGAAAUUGAAAGGUACAAAGCCGAAAUAUUAGGACAUCCGUUAUACGAGCAGUUGCUAGCAACCCAUGUGGCGUGCUUGCGAAUUGCGACGCCGGUGGAUCAACUCCCGAGGAUCGACUCUCAGCUUGCACAGACUCAACAAGUCAUCAUCCAGAAAUACUCUGCCCAGAUUGGAAAUGGAAAUCUCAAUGGCGACAGAGAGCUCGAUCAAUUCAUGACACACUACGUGUUGUUGCUUUGUUCUUUCAAAGAACAACUGCAGCAACAUGUGCGAGUUCCUGCCAUGGAAGCAGUAAUGGGUUGCUGGGAAAUCGAGCAGGCUUUACAAAGUUUAACAGGAGUGUCUCCCGGAGAAGGAACAGGAGCAACAAUGACUGAUGAUGAUGAAGGCCAAGUGGAUGGCAAUCCCAACUUGUAUGAUGGUACGGACGGCUUUGGAUUUGGCCCUCUUGUCCCUACGGAGAAUGAAAGGUCUUUGAUGGAGUGUGUAAGGCAUGAACUCAAAUAUGAACUAAAACAGGGUUAUAAGGAGAAGAUAGUAGACAUUAGGGAAGAAAUUCUACGCAAGAGAAGGGCGGGGAAACUCCCUGGAGAUACCACGUCUGUCUUGAAAGCUUGGUGGCAAUCACACGCCAAGUGGCCAUAUCCAACCGAGGAGGACAAAGCUCUAUUAGUGGAGGAAACAGGGUUGCACCUAAAGCAGAUAAAUAACUGGUUCAUCAACCAGCGAAAGAGGAAUUGGCACAACCACUCUUCAUCUUCCACAACUUUGAAGAGCAAACGCAAAAAGUAGAAUAUAAAACACGAAUCAAGUUGGAGUCUUUGGCAAUUGUUGUAGUAAAUAUUAUACCAUUUAUAGAGUAAAUAAAUGAAAAGAAAAGGGUGAAUCCCUAGCUUGACAU